UUUCGGGGACGCCGAGGCUCACUUUCCUCUCCGCAGCCCGUGAGCGAGGGCAGCCUGCGGGUCCGCGCCCGGCCGCUAGCCCUGCGCGAUUCCCGGAGCUCCCGGCAGGAGGAGAAAGCGCCCGGCGGCUCCGGAUGGCGUAGUUGCGCCGCGGCGCAGCAGCUGCCGGAGCUCGCGGCCGCCGAGCGCUGGGCGGGGAAAACUUUGCUCUGCGUCCCUACAACUUGCCGCGGUUGAGGUCCGCGGGACGCGCCGCCUGCGAGGCAGCUUGGAAACUGUGAAGAAGGACUGUGAGGCCGUUGCGGAUUCGUGAAGACUGUGGUCACGCGAGGUGGCCGUGUGAGCUGCGCUGCUGGAGGAGGGAAGAUGACCUCCCGCUACGUGGUCGCCGUAUUUGCCGUCAUGAGCUCCUGCGUAGCCACGGCAGGUCCAGAGCCCGGCACGCGGUGUGAGCUGUCACCUGUCAAUGCCUCGCAUCCUGUCCAGGCGUUGAUGGAGAGCUUCACCGUCCUGUCAGGCUGCGCCAGCAGAGGCACGACCGCGCUACCGCAGGAGGUGCACGUCCUCAACCUGCGCGCCGCGGAUCAGGGGCCGGGCCAGCCGCAGAGAGAGGUCACUCUGCACCUGAAUCCCAUCUCCUCAGUCCACAUCCACCACAAGCCUGUCGUGUUCCUGCUGAAUUCCCCACAGCCCCUGCUCUGGCAUCUGAAGACAGAGAGACUUGCUCCUGGGGUUGCCCGACUUUUCUUGGUGUCUCCGGGUUCUGAGGUCCAGUUUCCGUCAGGAAACUUCUCCUUGACAGCAGAAACAGAAGAAAGGAACUUCCCCCAUGGAAAUGAACACCUGUUAAGUUGGGCCCGAAAGGAAUAUGGAGCAGUUACCUCCUUCACCGAACUCAAGAUAGCAAGAAACAUUUACAUUAAAGUGGGGGAAGAUCAAGUAUUCCCUCCAACAUGCAACAUAGGGAAGAAUUUUCUCUCCCUCAAUUACCUUGCUGAGUACCUUCAGCCCAAAGCAGCAGAAGGCUGUGUGAUGUCCAGCCAGCCCCAGGAUAAGGAGGUGCACAUCAUCGAGUUGAUCACCCCCAACUCUAACCCCUACAGUGCUUUCCAGGUGGAUAUAAUAAUUGACAUAAGACCCUCUCACGAGGAUCCCGAGGUGGUCAAAAAUCUCAUCCUGAUCUUGAAGUGCAAAAAGUCCGUCAACUGGGUGAUCAGAUCUUUUGAUGUUAAGGGAAACCUUAAAGUUAUUGCUCCUAACAGUAUUGGUUUUGGAAAAGAGAGUGAAAGAUCUAUGACCAUGACCAAGUCCAUAAGAGAUGACAUUCCUUCUACCCAAGAGAACCUGGUAAAGUGGGCUUUGGACAAUGGCUACAGUCCGGUAACGUCAUACACAGUAGCCCCUGUGGCUAAUAGGUUUCACCUUCGGCUUGAAAACCAUGAGGAGAUGAGAGACGAGGAAGUCCAUGCCAUCCCUCCCGAGCUGCGCAUCCUGCUGGACCCUGGCACCUUGCCUAACCUGGAACACCCGCCCUUCCGGGGAGGGGGAGGCCGAAAUGGAGGUCUCCCCUUCCCUUUCCCAGAUAUCUCCAGGAGAGGCCGGAAGGAAGAAGGUGAAGAUAGGGUCCCCAGGCCAAAGGACCGUGUCAUCUCCGGCAUGCAACUCUUUCCUAGUCCCAGAGAGCCGGAAGAGGUGCAAGGGAGCGUGGAUGUGGCUCUGUCAGUCAAGUGUGACAGUGAAAAGAUGACUGUGGCUGUGGAAAAAGAUUCUUUUCAGGCCAACGGCUACUCGGGGAUGGAGCUCACACUGUUGGAUCCUAGCUGCAAGGCCAAGAUGAAUGGCACCCACUUCAUCUUGGAGUCUCCCCUGAAUGGCUGUGGUACUCGGCACCGGCGCCUAGCCCCUGAUGGUGUGGUUUACUAUAACUCGAUUGUGAUUCAGGUCCCAUCCCCUGGGGAUAGCAGUGGCUGGCCUGAGGGUUAUGAAGACUUGGAAUCAGGUGACAAUGGAUUUCCUGGAGACAUGGAUGAAGGAGAGCCUGCCUUCUCUAGCCGUCCUGAAAUUGUGGUGUUUAAUUGCAGCCUGCGGCAGCUGGGGAACCCCAGUACUUACCAGGACCAGCCCAAUGGAAACAUCACCUUCAACAUGGAGCUGUACAACACCGACCUCUUCCUGGUACCCUCCCAGGGAGUCUUCUCUGUGGCAGAAAAUGGACAUAUUUAUGUUGAGGUGUCUGUCACCAAGGCUGACCAAGAGCUGGGAUUUGCCAUCCAAACUUGUUUUAUCUCUCCGUAUUCGAACCCGGACAGGCUGUCUGAUUACACCAUCAUUGAGAACAUUUGUCCCAAAGAUGAGUCUGUAAAGUUCUACAGUCCCAAGAGGGUGCACUUUCCCAUCCCGCAAGCCGAGAUGGACAAGAAGCGGUUCAGCUUUGUCUUUAAGUCCGUGUUCAACACCUCGCUGCUGUUUCUCCAAUGCGAGCUGACGUUGUGUACCAAGAGGGAGAAAGACCCCCAGAGGUUGCCAAAGUGCGUGUCUCCGGAUGAAGCCUGCACCUCGCUGGACGCCUCCAUGAUUUGGGCCAUGAUGCAGAAUAAGAAAACGUUCACCAAGCCCCUGGCUGUCAUCCACCAGGGAGGAGACACCAAAGAAAAAGGUCCAAGCAUUAGGGAACCGGAUCCAAUUUCUCCACCCAUUUUCCAUGGUCUGGACACCCUAACCGUGAUGGGCAUUGCAUUUGCAGCAUUUGUGAUCGGAGCACUCCUGACUGGGGCCUUGUGGUACAUCUAUUCGCACACAGGAGAAACAGCGGGAAGGCAGCAAGUCCCCACGUCCCCGCCGGCCUCAGAAAACAGCAGUGCGGCCCACAGUAUCGGCAGCACGCAGAGUACCCCGUGCUCCAGCAGCAGCACGGCCUAGCCCAGCCCAGCCACUGCCAAGGGCAAGGCCGGACAUGUCCAGACUCGGAAGGCUUGAUGCUGGUUCCCUUGUAAAGAGAGAGUGGAGUUCAGUAUAAAGAUCACCUUUUGUAUUCACAGCCCCACUCCCACCCCACCAUGGCCAAUACCCACGUGGCCCCUGGACUUGUGUCAUACACUAGCGUCUGCAUGAGAAAGCUAAGGUGGUGGCCUGCUCCACCAGCCCGCCCAGGCUGGGGGGCUUUCAAUGUGAAACACAUCCCAGUUUUUAAAAUGCUGCUUCAUCCAGGUGAGAGCAUCCACACUCAAGGAGGUGGUCAAGGAUAAUGGCCAGACAGCGGAACCAGCGAGGAGACGCGGCGGAAGAGUCUCUUCUCUCUGAACCGGGGUGUAAAGCUACAGAAACACUUCACGCCUUGUGGCGUGCUCCUCCCUGUCUAGUUGGCCCCCUCGUCUGGCUGCGCACUUCCGGCCCGACUCUGCCACUUCCCGUGGGGACUGAUGUGUGGGCUUGCAGGGUGCUGCCCUUGGGGACUGCAUCCUGCCACACAUCAGGGCGACAUUCCUUUCUGGUGCCCUGGGCCAAAACCAAUGCUGAUGACCUUGUCAGCUUCCUGUUCUGCCCACACUCGCACACACCGACUGCAAAAAUGUCUUCAUGCAAAGUUUGUAUCUCUUCUAGGCAUAUAGAGAUUGAAAAUGGUCGAAAUCUGGAACUGCAGAUUUAUGGCCAUUUCUGACACUUUGUGUUGAUACAUUCAUGCUUAAAUUGGGGCGAAAUUUAAUUGUAAGGCUAAGGAGGAAUUUGCACUGUGAUGCGUGCGGGUGUGCAGGCAAGUGCAAACAUAUACGUGUCAUGUUCUAGCACGUUUGUGUUCUUCAUUGAGGAAGGGCAAGUUUCCCUUUUGAAAAUGUCCUAAGCUUCCAGUUGGAACUUAUUAAGUUAUAUUUGGUAAAAUGAGUGUUUCUACUCAAAACAUGUCAAACUUUUUCAAAGGCCGUUUUGUAAAAAAAGCCAAAUUGGUAUGAGAUGCAAAUGUGUGGCAGGUCCUCUUGGAUUCCUGUCCCUUCCAUGAAUGGUGUCACCACUUCUACCAAGGCAGUGCUGAGAUAGGGAAAAGAACACUCAUUUGGAUUGUUUAGUUCUCUUGCCUUAAAUUAUCCCCCAAACCCAAAGAGGAGUGGAGGUGAAUUUGAUUAAAUGAUGCCACUUUGCAGCUAAAAUAAGCUCAGUGAUACCUCUAUGUUAAAAAAAAAAAAAAAAAAAAAAGAA